AUGAAAAACAAAGCUGUAAACAUUCCAAGUACUCCGAAAAUAAAGAUAAUCAGUCACACAUCAACUUCAAUUACUAUUCAAAUAAGCAAUCCUGUAGGAAAAGUAAGUUUUUAUCGUGUUGUUGUAAACAGCAAUGAAUCUCUGCCAUAUAUACCAUACCAAAGUUCUAUCCAAAGAUAUUCUAUUGGUGAUCUCAAACCAGGUUCAUACUAUAACAUCAGCGCAGUGGCUGUUUCAAAUGGAAUCAAGGGCUCUCCAUCAUCAACUAUAUAUGUCUUUACAGUUCCAAGUACUCCGAAAAUAAAGAUAAUCAGUCACACAUCAACUUCAAUUACUAUUCAAAUAAGCAAUCCUGUAGGAAAAGUAAGUUUUUAUCGUGUUGUUGUAAACAGCAAUGAAUCUCUGCCAUAUAUACCAUACCAAAGUUCUAUCCAAAGAUAUUCUAUUGGUGAUCUCAAACCAGGUGCAUACUAUAACAUCAGCGCAGUGGCUGUUUCAAAUGGAAUCAAGGGCUCUCCAUCAUCAACUAUAUAUGUGUUUACAGAUAACUUCAGCAUUAGAGUUGUGACUGUUCAAAGGACAACAAACUCUGUUACAAUAGAAAUAAGAAGUUUUGAUCGAUAUAUAAAAUCAUACGAAAUAUUUGUGGAUGACAAUUUAUUUAAAGACGUUCUUCACAUUUCUCAGACGCAAAAUGAAACAAUCCAUAAUUUAGUUCCAGGAACAUUAUAUCACGUAAAAGUUAUAGUUAAAGCGGAUACUGAAAAUAAAGAUGUGAUAUUCAAUAUUGCUACACUUCCUGGACAACCUAGAAGUAUAUCUGUUACACAAGGAACGAAUUUUUCGGAUAUCACAAUAUUGCAGCCAAAAGGAGCAGUUGAUUUUUAUACUUUUCUGACUAGUAGCUUUUGUUUAUCACCAAAUCUAAGAAACUCAUCUUAUAAAGUAGAUACCUUUCCUAACAGAAAAAAUUCAUUGAGACUUCGCACUGAUCCAGGAGUUUGUUGUAUGUUGAAUUUAGUUGCUGUUUCAAAUAACAUUACCAGUACACCUCUUAACAGUACACUCAAAAGACCAGAAUCAGUUCCUGGAAUAGUUGAUCGCCAAUUUAUGCAUAUCUUGGAAAACUCAGUUACCAUAUUCUGGUCAAUACCUCAGCACCCAAACGGAGUUGUAGAUGGAUACACUUUAACAUUUUGGUCUAACAAUAAAAUAGCUACUAUCAGUUUUACCUGUGUUGAUUGUCCUAAUGCAAAGGAUUGCAGUUUUCUUAGUCAUCGACAGAUAAGGUCAGCAACAUUUACAGACAGUACAACAUUUAAUGAUAUCAAUAGCACCAUACCUUUUAAAUGGCGACAAACAAAGUUCAUAUUUACCAUUGACAACCUUCAGCAAUAUACUAACUACUCAUACACUCUAUGGACCUCUACAAAACAAGGAAGCGGACCAUUAUUUUUUGCCUCGUUUCGAACAGUUAAAGGUCAUAUACGUGAAUCUACAUCCAGUGGAUCGAUAAUAGCAGGAGCUGUUGUUGGCAGUAUUGCUGGAACGGCAAUUAUAUUGUUGUUUGGAAGAUUUGUUUACAAAUGGUAUCAGAGGCGGAUUAGAGGAAACACAACAAAAUCCGAUGGAAGGAGUCAACAAUAUGAAGAUAUUUCACCAGAAACAGAAGCCAACGUUUACGAGACACUGGAAAUAGCAAUGUAA